AUGUCCUGCCAGCAGAACCAGAAGCAGUGCCAGCCCCCUCCCAAGUGCCCCUCUCCCAAGUGCCCUCCCAAGAGCCCAGCACAGUGUCUGCCCGCCGCCUCCUCCUGCUGCGCUCCCAGCUCCAGGGGCUGCGGCGGGCUCGGCUCCUCCCAGGGCGGCUGCUGCCUGAGGCCCCGCAGCCCCCGCAGGUCCCACAGAUGCCACCGCCAGCGUUCCAGGUCCUGUGACCGCGGCAGUGGACAGCAGUCGGGGGGUCCUGGCUACAGCUGUGGGGGCUGCUGACCCGAAUCCCCAUGCUGAGGCCAGAGGUUGCAGAGGAGGCGCGAAUCCCAGAGCCAACGGAAAGCCCCGAGCUGCUGCAUCCUUUUCCAGAGGCCCUGCAGGUGAUUGAUCCCACAGGCUGGGAUGGAAAGUUCCUGUCUGGGGUGUCAGGCUCUCCCAGAAGCCUCUCUGCCAGCCUGAUGCCAGGAUCUCACAGACCACCACACCUGCCCCAUCUGAGGAUCAUAUGUGUCCUUAUG